AUGGACGGCUCUAUGGCUUCUGGGAUUGACAAUGAGAAAGCAACUACAGACGUUGAUGACUCUAGAUGGGAGGCUUUUGAUAUUUCAUCUUCAGAAGAUGAAUAUGAAGUACCUUCGUCUGAUGAUGAUGAUAGCAUUUUUGGUGAUCCUGUAUCUGAGUCUGAUAAUAUGGACAUCGAUGAUGAAGACAGCAUAAGAGAGACAGAUGAUGAACCCACUUCUGAAAAUACGAGUGAUGUUGUUGUAAUCAGAAACAGUGAGCUUACCUACUAUGGGGAUUCUGAUUUGGAAGACUUUGCUUAUGAAGAGGAUAUUCCUGAGCAGUCGAAAUCAUUAGAAGGGGGGGUUUCACAGCUGUCAAAAUCUGAAUGCAAAAGCGAAGUGACAGGAAGUUCCCAGUUGGACCAUACUAAGCAGGAAGAUAAUAAGGAUCCAUAUGAUAUUGAUGCUGAAAUGAGCAGACAGCGAAAGUAUGAGGCUGUAAGGGCCAUGAUCUUUGUUUCCGAAGAGGCUGCCUAUUAUUUCUACAACAAGUAUGCCAAAGAACAUGGUUUUAGCAUUCGACGCGAGAAGAAAAAGGAACGCCUUGAUGAAUUAGGGACACCCACCAUUCGAUAUAGGCGGUUUCUUUGCUCCAGGGCUGGACAACGUGAAAGCAAGUACUUAGAAAUGAAAGGCCGAACGUAUAGGCACCGUCCUGAGUCUCGCUGCAACUGUGGUGCCCAUUUCAGUGUGUCGUAUAACAGGAAAAAGGGUGUUUGGACUGUUCUGAGAUUUGACGACAAUCACAACCAUAAGCCUGCUACAGCUGAUCAAAUCGCUUUUAUGAGGUCUCAUAGAAAGAUCAAGGCUCAUCAGAAAUCUAGGAUCAUGACACUGGGAGCUGCUGGGAUGAGAUUAUUCAACAUUAUGAGGACAUUUAUCAGUGACAAUGGAAAAUACAGCAGGGUAGGAUUUGUAAGAAAGGAUCUUUACAACAUGUCUUGCCGUGAAAAGAGGAAGAUGCUUGCAAAGGGUGACGCCAACACAACCAUUGGCAUUAUGGAGAAGAGGAAGCGAGAUGAUCCUGAAUUCUAUUUUGAUUACAAGCUUGGUAAAGGUGGAAAAUUGUUACACCUGUUCUGGUGUGAUUCUCAGUCUCGGCAGGACUAUGCCGACUUCGGUGACGUGUCUGGUGUUUGA